GAAAAAAUAAUAAAGAUGACUUCCAAAAGCUGCUUCAAAAAUCAAUUUACUGACUAUACUCCUGAUUCCGAAAAAGCAGACGCUUUAAUAACCGCGUCGAAAAACAAGGGGUUUAAAUUAUCAAGGAUAUUCUUAGAGAAGCUGGAAAAAUUUCAAAACACAAAGCUGCAGCAUCUCAGAACUAAUAUGAGAAGUGAUAUAUUCUAUGAUGGUACUGUAUACACUGGUUCCUGCGGACUGGUCUUGUACUACUAUUUGAUGCACACAAGUAAUGCAGAAAAUACGGCAUAUUUAAAGACAGCAUCGGAAUAUUUGAACUUAGAUAACUUGAAAGGGCGCAGAAUUAGCUUCUUGUGUGGAGAUGCUGGACCCCUUGCACUUGGAGCUGUAAUUUCAUACAAGCUGUCCCACAGGCGCCCUGCUAACAUGCCUGAUUACACGAUUUUAGUGCAAAGAUUAUUAUCUUUAAUAUCUGUACUGGAAGAGUCACCUGACGAGAUACUAUAUGGAAAGGCUGGUUACUUGUACGCUUUACUUUUUGUUGACAAACAUAUUCCUGGGAAGGAAGUAAUUCCAGCAAGCCAUGUUGAAAAGGUAAUACAAUCAAUCUUACAAUCUGGGAAACGAUUUUCAUCACAAAUGAAGUGCGAUAGUCCACUGCUAUGGCACUGGCAUGAUAAAAUAUACUUCGGAGCGGCUCACGGCAUGGCUGGGAUAUUAUACAUGUUAUUACAGGCUCGCCAUUACAUAAUCCUGAGCGAUCUACGCAGUUUUAUAAAGCCAGCUAUAGACUGGCUGCUAAGUCAUUGUUACGCUAGCGGCAACUUCCCCUCAUCGCUGGGCAGUGCUUCUGGGGACCGACUGGUGCAGUGGUGUCAUGGAGCGCCUGGCUUUACGUCCUUGUGCAUUGCUGCCUAUCAGGAGUAUGAAGAAGAGAAAUACCUGAAGAUGGCGCUUAAAUGUGGUGAAGUAGUGUGGGAGCGCGGACUAAGCGCGAAGGGAUACAGCAUUUGCCACGGCGUUAGUGGGAACGCAUAUACCUUUUUGCAGCUUUACCAAAUUACUAAGAAACCAAUCCACCUGUAUCGAGCGUGUUGCUUCAUGGAGUGGUGUGCAGUAGAGCGUCCAGGCACGGAACUGCACCGGCCCGAUAGGCCAGCAUCGCUGUUCGAGGGCGUCGUUGGCAGACUCUAUCUCCUUGAGGACAUAAAGGACCCGCUCCAAGCAAAAUUCCCCGCUUUUACGAUUUAAAUGAAUAAUUUUCAAUUACAUUUUUAGAGAUCCCUGGUUAAUUAAUAACCCUGGAAGAUUUGUCGUGUCAGUCUAUUUGUAUAUCACAUUUAUUCGCUAGUUUAAGUUCCGAAUGUCAUACAAUUUACUGAUUACAAUACAGAAACAAAACCAAAUACUAACAUUUUUUUUAACACCCAUAAAAAAGGAAUACGAAUAUA